CCGAGUUAUCCUCACCCGGAUUUAUCCUCGUCCUGGCUUCGCCUUACUCCAGCGCCGAUCCGAGAAAUCCGCGCGGACCGCCGACAGCUUUUGUUGUUUCUGCCAGCGGCGGUUCCCCGGCCGGACGGCGUGGAUGUCCGCCGCGCCCUGCACCUGCAAGUACGGCUACGGCGGCAUGCAGAUCGCGCCGAUCCCUUUUCCCGAGUGGAUGACCGACCUCAUUCGGGGGAUGCUACGGGUGCCCCUGGCCCGAGGUGCUCUCAGCUUCUCGCUCCAUGCUGGGGCCCCCCAGGGCCGCCUGGGCCUCGUGGGAGGUGCCCUGGGGGCCGUGGGGGCCUCCUUGCGAAACCCUGGGGGCGCCGUGGGCCGGGGGCGCUUCUGGCGACACCCGACUCAUGGGGGUCGUCAUGCCGCUCUGCCACCUCGUGUCCAGGGAAGAGUGGCCGAACAGCUGUAAUCUGAACUUGUACGAAAACGGCGGGCACAGCGUCUCCUGGCACGCCGACAACGAGAGGCUCUUCGCUGGGAAGUUUCAGGAUUGCCCGAUCAUAUCGCUGUCCCUGGGCCACGAGAGGCGCUUUGAGCUGAAGGCCCUCGCCCCAGACGAAGAUGGACAGAAGGCCUUCUCGAAGCUGCUCCUCCGCGACGGGGACCUCUGCACGAUGGAGGGGCUCUUCCAGAAGUACUACGAGCACCGGGUGCCGCGGGAGGACAAGGAGGUCGGGCCGCGGAUAAACAUCACUUGGCGCUGGGUGGUGGAGCACCUCGACGGCUGCGUACUCCGGGGGUCAGAGGGGCGGAUCAUGCCGUACGGCGGCGGCAAGGGCUCGCCGAUGGGGGUAAAGGCGGCCAAGGGCAAGGGCUUCGGCAAGGGCAAAGGCAAAGGGCCGGGCGGUAAGGGCACGGGAAAGGCGCAGCACGGCCCAGGGCCCGGUAGGGCACCGCACGGGAAAGGUGGGAAGCAGAGUUAUAUAAACGUGUCUGCACGGCUUUCCUGACGAUCCUUCUCCUGACUAUCUUGACUGUUUUCCUGCGAUCCUCCUCCUGAC